AGUUUAAAUGGCACCAAAAGUGUUUUCCUUUUGAAAAGUAUUCCGGAAACGAAACCCUGAGUAAUCGGAAGUAAUUAGCUGUGAACCAAAAGCUUGAUGUCCCGAAGGUUGGGGCGGAUCGGCUUCGGAAUGCUAGAGGAGUGUGCGCGGAAGUUAACCCGUGAUAUCUAGCCAAAGAACCUGUAAAGUGAGGCCCCCUGCAAUUGGGAGAGUAAGAAUCUGAGAGGUUUUUCAGUAGAAGCCCGGGGUACAUUUUCAUUUUUAAAAAAAUGACUACUCUUGAAAGUUUAGAAACCAAAGCCCUCCUUACUUCAGCCCCAAUCCGAGGAGCAGGAGAUGGAAUGGAAACUGAGGAGCCACCUAAAACUGUCGAAGUUACCUCUGGAAUCCAGCCUAUAAAGCAUCACAUCCUUCAGAGUCCACGAAAGAAAGCAGUUCCAUCAGAGAGCCCAGGAGUUCUUCAACUAGGGAAGAUUAUUGCUGAAAAAGCAGUGGAAGUCGAAGCCAUAAGAAUAUUAGUUCCCAAAGCUGCUAUAUCCCAUGAUAUCCCCAACAAAAAUGCAAAGGCUAAGUCUCUGGGACAUCAUAAAGGAGAAAUCCUUGGCCAGCCAGAGGGCAUUGUAGAACCCAGAAAGGAAGUAUCUGAGGUAAAGACUGUAUUGGAAAAGCUCAAGAACUCUGAAAGAAGGUUACUACAGGACAAAGAAGGUCUUUCAAACCAGCUCAGAGUACAGUCAGAGGUAAGAACAACCUUAAUAGCUUUAAUGAUUAAAAAACUGCUGGUGGCUUCUGUUGGCGAUGACCUUCAGUAUCACUUUGAACGUCUAGCCCGUGAGAAAAAUCAGCUUAUUUUAGAAAAUGAAGCCCUAGGUCGAAAUGUAGCUCAGCUUUCUGAACAGUUAGAACGUAUGUCGAUACAGUGUGACGUGUGGCGAAGUAAAUUCCUCGCAAGCAGGGUUAUGGCAGAUGAGUUAACCAACUCCAGAGCAGUUUUACAGCGCCAGAACCGUGAUGCACAGAGUGCUAUUCAAGAUCUCCUGAGUGAACGGGAACAGUUUCGUCAGGAAAUGAUAGCUACCCAGAAAUUGUUGGAGGAGCUCUUAGUCUCCUUGCAGUGGGGAAGAGAGCAAACUUACUACCCUAGCGCACAACCUCACAGCACAGCAGAACUAGCAUUAACAAAUCACAAGUUGGCAAAAGCAGUAAAUUCCCAUCUUCUAGGAAAUGUUGGCACUAAUGGUCAGAAAAGGAUUCCAUCAACAAUUGAAUUCUGCAGCACCCCAGCAGAAAAAAUGGCUGAAACGGUUCUACGCAUUUUGGAUCCAAUUACCUGUACAGAAAACUCACCUGAUAAUCCAUUUUCUGAGUCUUCACCAACUACCUUACUUGCUACAAAGAAAAAUAUUGGCCGAUUUCAUCCCUAUACAAGAUAUGAAAAUGUAACUUUCAAUUGCUGCAAUCAUUGCCAAGGAGAACUUAUUGCCCUUUAACAGUCAGUAUGUUGGAGGCACAUUGUAGGCACUUGCUUAUUACCCAAGAGUCAUUAUUACUUGGGACCUGGGGUUCUUUUAAUGCUAGAAGUAUUAUCACUUUCUAUUUAAAUAUAUCCCCAAAGAUGUUUCAUAUACUGGACUCCAGAUUACCCUUUCUUAAUAAAUCUCUCAGGGUAAGAAAAUAAUGAAACUGUGUAGAUAUAUUUAAGUAGACAGUACUUUCCAGGCAUUACGGGAUGGUUUUUCCAGAGGACUGAAAGGGAAAGAUUCUAUACCUAUCUUUUAGGCCCUAAUUUAUUAUUUAUCUUGCUAUAUGUUUUACAUGCACAGAUUUAAUUUUUGUACUCUAAAGUGAGGAUUGGCAGCCUACAGCCUUGGGUCAUAUGCAGCCACACCCAUUCAUUUACUGUUGGCUGUGGUUGGUUUUUUUUGUGCCACAACAGCAGAAUUGAGUAGAUAACAGGGUUUGUGUGGCUAACAAAGCCUCUAAUACUUAUUAUCUUGCACUUUGCAGAAAAAUAGCUGAUAGUUGGGGAGGGAAUAGGGUAGGAGUCCUUUCCCUUUUUGGUGAUUUUUUGAGGACUACAAAAGAGCCUGCUGGAAAUACUAUGGGUGAAGGGACUAUCUUAAAAAUAAAUGCUGUUAUGUUAGGAAAACUGAAAAUACUUUACAGCCACAUUAAGAAAUGCUUGAGCAAAACACAUUCUCGUUUUGGAUUUGUGCAAGGAAUUACAUAUUUUGAAUGGACACAACCUGAUAUAUAGGAAAAACAUUCUAACGAGCUCAUUUUGGCAACUGCAACACAAUGGGAAUAUCCAGUUUGAUACUUAUCAAGUACGGUGGAAAAAGUAGGGUCUUUCUACAACAUUGUACAAACUCAAAAAUGCAAUUCACCAAAUUUAUUAUGUAAUAUAUAUUAUUAUUCAUUUAUGAUGGGAGAUCGUAAAACAUCCUUUAAUAGGCCUUUAAAAAUGUCGAUAAAAUGUUUAUACCAAAUUAUGCUAAUUAGUUGUAGAAGUGCCCAUUGGUAAAGAAAUCCUCAAAAGAUUAAUCUGGUCAGAUAACAAUAUAUUUUCAUGUCAACUUAAUGAUUCUUUUUGUCUGAUUCAUCUGAGUUACGGUUUCAAGUGGCAAUAAAUUUCUCUACCUUCUUUA